AUGGCAGUCAUUUUGUUAAAAAGAACUGGUGCCAAUGAUGGUUUUAUUGGUAGAACUGGUGCCAAUGAUGGUUUUAUUGGUAGAACUGGUGCCAAUGAUGGUUUUAAUGGGAGAACUAGUACCAACGAUGAUUUUAAUGGUAGAACUAGUACCAACGAUGAUUUUAUUGGUAAAACUGGUACCAACGAUGAUUUUAAUGGCAAAACUGAUACCAACGAUGAUUUUAAUGGUAGAACUAGUACCAACGAUGAUUUUAAUGGUAUAUCUGGUACCAACGAUGAUUCUAAUGGUAGAACUGGUACCAACGAUGAUUUUAAUGGUAGAACUGGUACCAAUGAUGGUUUUAUUGGUAGAACUGGUGCCAAUGAUGGUUUUAAUGGGAGAACUAGUACCAACGAUGAUUUUAAUGGUAGAACUAGUACCAACGAUGAUUUUAUUGGUAAAACUGGUACCAACGAUGAUUUUAAUGGCAAAACUGAUACCAACGAUGAUUUUAAUGGUAGAACUAGUACCAACGAUGAUUUUAAUGGUAUAUCUGGUACCAACGAUGAUUCUAAUGGUAGAACUGGUACCAACGAUGAUUUUAAUGGUAGAACUGGUACCAACGAUGAUUUUAAUGGUAGAACUAGUACCAACGAUGAUUUUAAUUGUAUAUCUGGUACCAACGAUGAUUUUAAUGGUAGAACUAGUACCAACGAUGAUUUUAAUGGUAGAACUAGUACCAACGAUGAUUCUAAUGGCAUAACUGAUACCAACGAUGAUUUUAAUGGUAUAACUAGUACCAACGAUGAUUUUAAUGGUAUAUCUGGUACCAACGAUGAUUUUAAUGGUAGAACUGGUACCAACGAUGAUUGUAAUGGUAGAACUGGUACCAAGGGGGAUUUUAUUGGUAGAACUGGUACCAAGGGGGAUUUUAUUUACAAUGAUUGA